AUGCUAAUAUCCACCAAGUCUGAUCCUCCAGAACGCUCCGCUUGGACCGAUGUCGCAGCACGCCUUCAAAACCUCAGAAAUCUUCUCAGCUCGGAGCGGCAUCUCGGCAUCGAGCACGAAAUAGCGUUUGAAGAAUUUGAAAGGGAGAUGGGGGACCAGCUGGCAGCCGCUGAGGCAAAUGAUGAGAGACCGGACCGACCUUUACCAUCUGACCCCCUCACCUCCCGGGAACGACGAAGAAGAGAAUACGCUACACGUUUCCGUGAACAAGACAUAUCCGAGGGCCUUGCCCAGACCAGCAGCGCAUCCAGCCUCGUGCGCAGUCGGCGGAGAGCCUUCAGGCCCAGCGAACGUCUGCAGAGAUACCAAAGAGAAAGACUUGGACAAAGUGGAAGAGCUGCCGCCUCUGAAGCAUUUGUGCCGCCAUCCAACCAGUCGCCCGCCUCACCAACUCAAUCAGUCGACGAUCGCCCUGAUCGGCCAAGAUCGAAACGAAGGAAAUUGACCGAUGGUACAUACGAGGACGAACCUCGAACAUUUAGCUAUGGCCACAAUGGUCAGGUCGUUCCUGGCCAGCUAAGGUUAGAGAUUAUCAGCUGUGACGGGGGAGAAUAUUCGGAUCCUCAUAUGCCCAUCAAUUCUUAUCCGCAGAAUGUCCUCCUAGAUGAUACCAGCGUCUACUGCACCAAGUCCAACAAAUGCAACCUCUUACUGAAGCAUGUGGGCGGAAUGCCCUUCACCUUGACUGAUAUCGUGGUCAAAGCCCCGCGUGCCGGUUACGAUGCACCAAUUCAGAAUGGCUUGAUUUUCGUUGCCAUGGAAGAUGACAAUCUCCUCGACCGUACUUCUCAGUACGAUGUACGCUGGGCCCCGAAAAGCUACCGCCGUCAACGACACAGGCCAGAUGGAUACCGCCCCUCCCAGGAAUAUAUGAACUCCACAAGAUCUCCCCUCAGAUCCAUUGAUCGUUCGAGGUACCCCAACAAUCCCUCAACUUCCGAAGGAGCCUCUCAUAUUGAUGUUCCUCUCGUCCCUGGCUUUCACGUCACAGUUGUGGAUCCAUCAGAUGGAGAAGAUGGCGGAGAGGGACCACUAUCGCCGCGCCCGUGGCACGACGAUGAAUAUUCAUUGAGAUCUUAUGUCGAUCGAUACCGUCCAGUGUAUUUCGGAAACGAGCGUAAUGAUGGUCCGUGGUCCAACUCGAGCGACUCAGAAGGCUAUGAGCCCGAUAUCCCGCUCGAAGCAAGAGAAUCAGGGGAAACAGAACGCUUUCAACGCCAGCAAGUCGAUCUCGAAAACACCCUUGCGCACCGGAAUCGCAUGCUGGAUCUCAUGCGGGCACAGCAAAUCCGAGAGAGUGAUGAAUUUUUUGGGAGCCGUAACCGGGAAAGCGAGCUCGAUGAAGACAGAUCCCACAAUCGUCUUUCAACUUCAAUUCGGGGCACAACUCUGAUAAUUGCUCCUGCGACAGGGACGCCGGACUUGGUUUAUACCUCUGGAGAGCGCUCCAACCUGUCCACCGAAGUUGAAGCUUCGAGCUCCAAAACGACUUUGAGUAAUGGUGUGACAGCCAGCACCUCUACUGGAGCCGGCGUUGCGCCACAUGCUGCGUUCUUCAUCAGCCGAAACAAAUCUAGCACUGAAAUCAAAUUCGACCCUCCAGUGUCGGGCCGUUAUAUUCUUGUCAAACUAUGGGCGCAAUGCCCUAACGCUAAUAUUGACAUUCAAGCUAUUCUGGCUCAUGGAUAUGGUGGCCCUCGUUUCUUCCCAAGCUCAGAAAUGAGGUGA